CGGGGCGCCAGGGUCCCCAGCGGGGAAGCCUAGGGAGCCGGGCAGAGACCCCGAGAGACGGCGGGCAGCGGGAGGGCCCGGGCCGCCGGGAAAGGUCGAGUUUGCUCGGCGGAAGAAACACAGAUGGCGGCGGCGCGGCGCCAUUCCCGGCCGGGAGCAGGCAGCCAGCAGCCCAGUCCUCACCGCGGUCCGCCCGCCGCCGCUAAAUACCCGGAUGCGCCGCCCGAGCGCCAGACGCAGAUCUGGGAAAAGGGAGGCCGUGGAGGCGGAGGCGGAGGCAGCGCCAGGCGCCGGGCGAGCGACGGAACAGUGGGGGCUGGGCACGCAGAGCAGCCCGCGACCCGCGGCGGGAGGACAGGAGCCACGCGUCACCCGCGUCCCCGGCAGCCGCACUUUCGUCUGGCCUGCUAGUGGAGCGGGAGAGCAGAUCGCGAGUCAGGUUCUGCACAGCCUCCGGCGAGGGCUGGCCCAUCCGAAGGCUCCUUGAACAGCGGGAGCAGGCCGGCCACCAUGACCGAGAACUCCACCUCCACCCCGGCGGCGAAGCCCAAGCGGGCCAAGGCCGCCAAGAAGUCCACGGACCACCCCAAGUAUUCAGACAUGAUCGUGGCUGCCAUCCAGGCAGAGAAGAACCGCGCCGGCUCCUCGCGCCAGUCCAUCCAAAAGUACAUCAAGAGCCACUACAAGGUGGGUGAGAACGCCGACUCCCAGAUCAAGUUGUCAAUCAAGCGCCUAGUGACCACCGGUGUUCUCAAGCAAACCAAAGGGGUGGGCGCCUCGGGGUCCUUCAGGCUGGCCAAGGGCGAUGAGCCCAAGAGGUCGGUGGCUUUCAAGAAGACCAAGAAGGAAGUCAAGAAAGUGGCCACUCCAAAGAAGGCAGCCAAGCCCAAAAAGGCUGCCUCCAAAGCCCCGAGCAAGAAACCCAAAGCCACCCCGGUCAAGAAGACCAAGAAAAAGCUGGCUGCCACGCCCAAGAAAGCCAAAAAGCCCAAGAUUGUCAAAGUCAAGCCAGUCAAGGCAUCCAAACCCAAGAAGGCCAAACCCGUGAAGCCCAAAGCCAAGUCGAGUGCCAAGAGGGCCAGCAAGAAGAAGUGACAGCGAAGGCUUUGCGUGGGGACACUCCUUCCUCCCUCCUGUUUUCUGUAAAUACAUUUCUCUCUUGGUCCCAUCUGCAGCCCUUUGCCCAUUCUAUUCUGACUAUAGAAAGAGGACAGAGUUUGGAUUCCUCAGACAGACAUUGUGGAAUGACUCCUUUUUCAUUAACCCAUUGUACAAGGACAGCGAACAGACCUCAUCUUUGUAAUGAUGGAGAUGUACUUUUUUUCUUGAUUUGAUAUUAACCUUAUGGGGUCAGGGAUGGGGGUGUGGUUUUGUGUGUUUCGUUCGGUGGUUUGUUUACUAUAAAGGUAAAUGGAACUGGCAAGGUUCUGGCUAGGUGAGGGGACCCAGGAACUAAGGUUUGUCUAGACUUUCUUAGGUUGCUUGUCCCUCACGGAGCGUUUCAAAACCUUUGUGGGGGGAGCAGGUGAUACCCCACCUUGCUGGCCAAGGAGGGAGGAAAAACUCCCUUGGUUGCCCUACCAGUGUUGGUAAGUUGGGGACCUGGUUUCCUUUUCUCUUCUGCCCUAGUCCCUCCCCAUUGUCUAAAGGGGGAAAGGGGUCCAAGUGACAGCUGGUUAGAGAAGCCAUAGCUUCUCACAACCAGGAUCUAGCCAUUGGGAAGGAGGGGUCUUUUCAGCAGUCUCUGGUUAACUGGGAGUAGACUUAGGGGGAAGGGUGGGGAGUCAGCCAAGUGCCUCAGUGUGCCUAUGGAAACUUGGGUUUUUUCCACACGAUUGAUGGAUUGUGUCCUAGGAGGACUUUGUUCGUUUCCUCCCCCCCCCCCUUCCUGUGUAAGAUGUGGCUUUGCUUCAUUUCUACCAGCUGCCACUUAAAAUCCCUCCAACCUCUUUCCCUUUUUGACUCUUUUCUAAGCCGAGGAGGGGAGAGGCAGGGAGUGGACUGUAAGACAUACUACAGUUGAUUCGAGUUUGCUAGGUAGCUUUAGAGAGCCAGAAUUGUGUGCAUGUGUGUAUAUGUAUAUAUAUCCAUGUCUAAGACUAGUACUUAGUCUCACUUCGGGAGCUGGGAGAAAAAAUCUGUACAGUUGUCUUUCUCUUAUUUUAAUAAAAUAGGAAACUCGCGCUACCUACCCCUCUUUUUAAACAAGUGUAAUUAGUGCGUGGGGGGGAAUUACUGUGGUUGUAAUUUUAAAACUUUAAAAUAAAACUGGAAAGGAAAAAA